AUGACAUAUCUUGCAGAGUUUCCAGAUAUGUACGAGUCUGUCUUUAAAGGGUCUGGCAGUUUUAGAGAGGCUAUCACUGACUUCACCUAUGAAGGAUAUUUAAUUCCGAAGGGUUCCAAGAUUCAUUGGACUUCUGAUGCCACACACAAGAACCCAAAUUACUUUCCAAACCCUGAGAAUUUCGAUCCAUCAAGAUUUCUAAAGGACGGUGUAACCCCUUAUGCAUUUAUUCCAUUCGGUGGAGGGCCACGACUGUGCCCUGGUAAUGGGUAUGCACGACUAGCAAUACUCAUCUGUAUGCAUAAUGUGGUGACUCGUUUCAGAUGGGAAAUACUGAUUCCCAAGGGAAAAAUAGUCGCUGUUUGGCUGUCUUAUUCUUCAAGCACCCAGGCAACAGCCCUGUCAAAUAAUUUCCAUUCUCUGUGA